GAACCUGGGUGAAAACGCAUGAAAUCUCGGCUCGGUUCGGCAGCGGGACACCCACCGGCACACCGGUUCGGCAGCCCUGGCAUGAGGCGGUCCGGCGGCCCAGCCGGGACCGGAGGCUGCUGGUAGGGAUGGUUCCGGAGUGAGGAGCCGGCGGCUCGGAUCAAAGCAGCGACUGGACCGGGAGGUUCGGCAACAUGACCGGGUUCAGCCCGGACAACGUGGAGGAGUUCUACGAGAUCGGAGACGAGCUGGGCAGCGGGCAGUUCGCCGUGGUCAGAAGAUGUCGGCACCGGAGCACCGGCGAGGACUUUGCCGCCAAAUUCAUCAAGAAGCGGCGCAGCAAGUCGAGCCGGCGCGGCGUGACAAGGGAGGACAUCGAGCGCGAGGUGAACAUCCUGAAGGAGAUCCAGCACCCGAACAUCAUCGCGCUGCACCAAGUGUUCGAGAACAAGGCCGAGGUCAUCCUCAUCCUGGAGCUAGUCGCCGGCGGUGAACUCUUUGACUUCCUGGCAGAGAAAGAGUCUCUGAGCGAAGAGGAGGCCACUCAGUUCCUGAAACAGAUCCUGGAUGGAGUUCUGUACCUUCACUCCAAACGGAUCGCUCAUUUUGACCUGAAGCCGGAGAACAUCAUGCUGCUCAACCGCUCAGUGCCUCACCCGCGCAUUAAGCUCAUCGACUUCGGACUGGCCCACAAGAUCGACUUCAGCAACGACUUCAAGAACAUCUUUGGAACGCCAGAGUUUGUGGCUCCAGAGGUGGUGAACUACGAGCCUUUAGGUCUGGAGUCAGACAUGUGGAGUAUCGGAGUCAUCACCUACAUCCUUCUGAGCGGCGCCUCGCCCUUCCUGGGGGACACGAAGCAGGAGACGCUGGCCAACGUGUCGGCCGUCGAUUACAGCUUCGACGAGGAGUUCUUCAGCAGCACCAGCGUCCUGGCCAAAGACUUCAUCUCAAGACUUCUGGUCAAAGACCCAAAAAAGAGAAUGACGAUCCAGGACACCCUGCAGCACCCCUGGAUCAAGCCCAAAGACACUCAGCAGGCUCUGAGCAGGAAGGAGUCGGCCGUCAACAUGGAGAAGUUCAAAAAGUUUGCAGCUCGAAGGAAAUGGAAGCAAUCCGUCCGUCUCAUCUCUUUAUGCAACCGGCUGUCGCGCUCCUUCCUGUCCCGGAGCAACAUCAGCGUGGCUCGCAGCGAUGAUACACUGGACGAGGAAGACUCUUUUGUGAUGAAGGCCAUCAUCCAUGCCAUAAACGACGACAACGUUCCGGGUCUGCAGCAUCUCCUCGGCUCGUUGAACAGCUACGACGUGAACCAGCCGAACAGGCACGGGACGCCUCCGCUGCUGAUCGCAGCCGGCUGUGGAAACAUUCAGAUCAUCCAGGUGCUGAUGAGGAAAGGUGCAGAGAUCCAGGCUAACGAUAAGACCGGAGCCAACGCCGUCUACUACGCCGCCAGGCACGGCCACGUGGAGACCCUGAAGUUCCUGCACCAGAACCGGUGUCCUCUGGACGUCCAAGAUAAGUGUGGAGAAACGGCUCUUCACGUCGCGGCGCGUUACGGCAACGUGGACGUGGUGAGCUACCUGUGCAGCAUCAGCGCCAACCCAGACCUGUCGGACCGGGAGCAGGAGACGCCGCUGCACUGCGCAGCCUGGCACGGUUACUCCGCCGUGGCCAGAGCGCUGUGCCAUGCAGGGUGCCACGUGGACGCCAAGAACCGUGAGGGCGAGACGCCGCUGCUGACGGCGUCGGCUCGAGGCUUCACCGACAUCGUGGAGUGUCUGGUGGAGCACCAAGCCGAUGUGGAAGCUACAGACAAGGACGACCACACGGCGCUCCACCUGGCCGUUCGGAGGUGUCAGGUUGACGUGGUUCGCUGCCUCCUCCGUCACAGCUGCCAUCUGGACCGGCAGGAUCGCCACGGCAACACGCCGCUCCACAUCGCCUGCAAGGACGGAAACCUGCCCGUCGUCAUGGCGCUGUGCAGCGCCAAGGCCAGCCUGGACCUGCCCAACAAGUGCGGCAGAACCCCGCUCCACCUGGCAGCGCACACCGGCAGUCUCGAAGUCGUUCGUCACCUCUGCCUGGCCGGAGCCAACAUCGACGCCGUCACACACGACGGAAAAACAGCCGAAGAUUUGGCUUCGGCUGAUCAACACGAGCACAUCGGGACUCUGCUGGGCAAGCUGAAGAAGGACAACCACAAGCUGAGCUACAUCCAGCAGCUGCGUCCGUCACAGACCAUCCAGCCCCGGAUCAAACUGAAGCUGUUCGGACACUCGGGGACCGGGAAGAGCACGCUGCUGGAGUCUCUGAAGUGUGGCAUCCUGCGCAGCUUCUUCAGGAGGAAGAGGACACGUCUGACCAACACCAGCCGCCACCCCAACUCCCCCGUCAACUCCAAGCCUGCCGUCUCAGUCAGUAUCUCCAACCUGUACCCGGGCUGUGAGAACGUCAGUGUUCGCAGUCGCAGCAUGAUGUUCGAGCCCAGCCUGACCAAAGGGGUUCUGGAGGUCUUCUCGCCGGUCCACGGAGGUCCGUCCACCGCGGACGAUCAGGCCACCAAGGCCAUCGACAUCCAGCACGCCAGCGUCCACGGUGUCGGGGAGUUCAGCAUCUGGGAGUUUUCGGGGAACCCGGUGUACCACUGCACCUACGACUACUUCGCCGCUAACGACGCCACGGCCAUCCACCUGGUUCUGUUCAGCCUGGAGGAACCCUACGAGACCCAGCUGGGCCACAUCACGUACUGGCUGAAUCAGCUGAAGGCCCUCACCCUCCCACAGGACAACAUCAUGUUUGGAGGUCGGAUCCAGCAGCCUCUCACGGUGGUUCUGGUGGCGACCCACGCGGACCUCGCCAACAUUCCCAGAAGUUUCUCUGGAGAGUUCAGCUACGACAAGGAGCGAGUUCUGCUCCGGGAGGUCCGGAACAGGUUUGGGAACGACCUGCAGCUCAGUGAUAAACUGUUUGUGAUGGACGCCGGCGCCUUGAGCUCCAAAGACGUCAAGCUGCUGAGGAACCACCUGCAGGAGCUGCGCUCCAGCAUCGUCUCUAACUGCAGUCCGAUGACCCAGCUGUCUGAGCGUCUCCUGUCCACGCUGCCGGUCUGGAGGAAGCUGAGUGGACCGAACCAGCUGAUUUCCUGGCAGCAGUUUGUGAGCGACGUCCAGGAUCAGAUCAACCCUCUGGUGAGCCAGGACCACCUCCGGACCCUGGCCCUGCAGCUCCACAGCAUGGGGGAGAUCAACCUGGUGCAGAGUGAGACUGUGCAGGAUGUGGUUCUGCUGGAGCCCCGUUGGCUCUGCACCAGUGUCCUGGGGAAGCUGCUCUCUGUGGAGACGCCCAAGGCCAUCCACCACUACAGGGGGCGCUACAGGCUGGAGGAGGUCCAGGCUCUGGCUCCGGACAGCGACGUGGAGGAGUUGCUACAGAUUCUGGACGCCAUGGACGUUUGUGCGCGUGACGCCACCAACCCAUCUAUGGUGGACGUUCCUGCCCUCAUCAAGACUAACGGUCUCCACCGGUCCUGGACCGAGGAGGAGGACGAGGACUCCCUGAUCUACGGAGGGGUCCGGCUGGUCCCUGCCGAGCACCUGACCCCGUUCCCCUGCGGUCUGUUCCACAAGCUGCAGGUGAACCUGUGUCGCUGGAGCCACCAGCAGAAACCGGAGGACGACGGCGAGGACUCUGACGGGGACAUCCACCUGUGGACCAACGGAGCCAAAGUGAGCCAGGCUGAAACCGAGGCCAUGAUCCUUCUGGUGAACCACGGGCAGGGCGUGGAGAUCCGGGUGCGCGGACACACAUCGGAGCAGGCCAAGUGCUACGCCCUGCUGGACACGAUCUGCAGCAUCACGGAGAACCUGCUGAGCUCCACGCUGCCCGGACUGCUCACGGCCCGGUACUACCUGAGUCCGCAGCAGCUGCGCGAGCACCACGCCCCCAUCAUGGUCUACCAGCCCAAAGACUUCUUCAGAGCCCAGGUCCAGAGGGAAACUUCUCUCACCAACACCAUGGGGGGGUAUCGGGAGAGCUUCAGCAGUAUCCUGGCUUUCGGCUGCGUUGAGGUCUACCAGCAGGGGAUUGUGGGUAGAGAACUGCACAUAUCGGACGUGCCCCUGUUGGCCCGCAGGAAGCUGUGCCGCAUGCUGGACCCGCCGGACGCCAUGGGCAAGGACUGGUGCCUGCUGGCCAUGAACCUCGGCCUCACAGAUCUGGUGGCCAAACACAGCGCCGGGACUCCAAACGGGACCCCGGACUCAGACUCCCAGCAUUCCGAGCUGCAGCCCAGCCCCACCGCGGCGCUGCUGCGGGAGUGGAGCGGGCGGGCGGACAGCACGGUCGGCGUCCUCAUGACGAAACUGAGGGAGCUCGGCCGGAGAGACGCGGCCGACUUCAUCCUGAAGGCCUCUCCGGUGUUCAAGGUCAACAUGGAGGCCGUGGGCGGGGCCUCUGGCAGGAACCCGCCCACCUGCAACGGAGGCACGUCGUACAACUCCAUCAGCUCCGUCAUUUCCCGCUGAGGCCGCUUGGACCGGGCCGACUCAUGAGGUGCAAUCAGAACCAGAUGUUCUGGAUGAACUGAGCUCCAAAGAGGGAUCCGUGGUUUUUAUUCUGUCUGGUGAUAUUUUAUUAAUGUUCCUGCUCUGCUGCUGCGCACGUCUUACAAACAAACAAAAGCAAAAUCAGAGUAGGCGGGGCUUUAAAAACAUGGCAGCCUCUUUGGUUUCUGUAGAAGGCUGCUUCGUCCAACAGCUGCAUCGUCACGGCUCUUCACCCCGUUUGUUUGUUUGUUUGUUUCAAUGACUCUGUGCCUUCGUGGCCUUCUACCUCCCUGAAAGCACAAACCGUUUUUCUCACGACAGAAGUCAAAGAACGGUGCCUUUAACGAUUCGAUCAGAAAACAACGUUUAAACACGUAAAUAAUCUAAAUGUAGAUUCAACGCUGCGAUGAUUUUAUAACUUUUAAAAUCCAGAAUCACAAAAAAAACAGUUUUAUCCAAAAAGAGAAACGUUCUCCGUUUGUGUUCACGUUUCUUUAUUUCACACUAACACGCUUUAUUUCUGCCACUGUUUUACAGACGCCCCGAAUCCUUUACAGCUCAUUUUAUUUGGAUUUUUACUUGAAACCAUGUAAAGCCUGCAGUUCUGUUCUGACCCAGGUCCCU